AUGACUCAACUUCGCGCCGAACUCAGUGCCGAAUUCGCUUCCACCAUUCAAGCCCUCCAAAGCGAGAUCUUGACUCUCUUACAGCAAUCAACCUUUCGACAGCAGGUUCAAGUGCAAUUUCAGCCUGGCUCGCGCUUACCAUCAUCCUCACAUCGAAACAACCGCAAUCCUACCUGCAGGUUCCGGCAUCCACAACAUGUCGCUGUGUGUACUCCGUACGAUAAAUAA